UGGAAAAAAAAAACAUUUUUUUCUCAUAAAAUUUGAGAAAAUGACGAUAACUCAAAAAGUUGACCAAAUACAAUUUUGAAAAUUUGUACACAUAUUCUCUGGACAAUUUGGUUGGACACCUAUUUCAGCGUUUUUCAAAAUUUGUACAAAAUUUUCAGAAAAAAAAUAUUUUUGGAAAAAAAAACAUUUUUUCUCAUAAAAUUUGAGAAAAUGACGAUAACUCAAAAAGUUGAACAAAUACAAUUUUAAAAAUUUGUACACAUAUUCUCUGGACAAUUUGGUUGGAUACCUAUUUCAGCGUUUUUCAAAAUUUGUACAAAAUUUUGAGAAAAAAAAUAUUUUUGGAAAAAAAAACAUUUUUUCUCAUAAAAUUUGAGAAAAUGACGAUAACUCAAAAAGUUGAACAAAUACAAUUUUAAAAAUUUGUACACAUAUUCUCUGGACAAUUUGGUUGGAUACCUAUUUCAGCGUUUUUCAAAAUUUGUACAAAAUUUUGAGAAAAAAAAUAUUUUUGAAAAAAAAAACAUUUUUUUCUCAUAAAAUUUGAGAAAAUGACGAUAACUUAAAAAGUUGACCAGAUACAAUUAUGAAAAUUUGUACACGUAUUCUUUGAACAAUUUAGUUAGUUGAAUAGUAGUAAAAGGACUCGAUUUAAAGUUAUCAGAGUAGAUGUAAAACUAAAUAGAGACUAAACCCACCCUAAAGAGCAAAUCGGCUACAAAAAGCAUGUUAUUUAUACAACACUCUAUACACACUAUAACUCUACAAUUAUUUCUCGUUUUUCAAUAUAUCUUUUUUUUCUCUCGGUUAACACAGAUGCUUGACAACAUAACAUACUUUAGACACAACAAAAUAAACUUUAAAACCUAGAUAUCAAUCGUAACUUGCGAUGUAUUAACGUUUAAAGUGUAAAACUUAGGUAUUUAUUGGAAAAAAGCGCGACCUAUACAUGUUCGGCUUAAAAUGUUCCUCCGAACACCCUGUAUUACUUAUAUAGUUGUGAUUUUAUGUCUUGCCAUCUCGUUUCUGUGCACACACUUUAUUAGUACAAAUCAGAUUAUUUUUAUUUAUAUGAAUCUUACUUUCCAGGCUUUCGUUUAUUGCUUAUAUAUUAAAUACGUAAUAUGUACUUUUUAAGGCAAAUUCUCUGGACGUUACUUAGAUGUUAGGCAAAGUAAGUGAUAAACCCGAUCAUUCCCCAAGCAGAAAAUUGAUCUUUCACGCUUUGUCUUCGCUGCAAAUCGAUUAAUACUCUAUUAUUUAGUUCCUUAUACAUAAAACUCUCAAGUUACCUUAUUAUGUUGUCCUUACGCAAAAACCCUGUUAUAGUUAAUAAAUAUAUGUUAAUACAAUUUGUGCUGUCGACUAUUAUACCUGGGUAUGUUAUUAUUUGUACUCGUUUAGGAAAUAAUUUUAAAAAAUAUUUACAUUCUAUGUAUGAUAAUGUGUGUUUUUUUUUAAUGUUACACCUUAAGAGUAAUUUAAUUAUGAAAGGUCCUAACGCGAAACAAUUUACGAAUUAUCGAAAGAAGAGAAGCAAAAAAAUGAUCCUUGGCAGUAUAUGGCUCGUUAAACAAGUAUAAUAGUGAAACCGGGACGACACUGAGCCGAAGAAAUAAGCGACAAAAAUGAUUAUUUAUAACAAUAAAAAUAUUUGCACAUCCAGGUCAUAUAAAUGGUCGUUUUGUUUGAAAAAAGUGCCAUUUUGUUCGCGAUUGUAUACAUACGAUGAUGCAACGAAAAACGGUUCUGAUGGUGCUCUUGGUACUGCUUCAAAUUGCAAAAGAUUCUGACUGUGGUGAGAACGAUUGGAAAGGAUUAGAAUCUACUAACUUACCAAAAAAUGAACCGAAAUCUAUAACGGAGUCGAGAGGAGAAAAUCGUACCCUGACGGGUGAAACCGGCAACGGGGUUGAAAAUAAAAUAGUUUUUGCUGAAGAUAACGAUGAUGCUCCGUUAAAGUUAAAAAGGGGAAUUCUGCACAAGGGAACUAAUAACAGACAGUUUGGGGGUAGUGGAUAUGGGUCGUCCGGGUUCGGAGGAGGUUACGAACCGUCUCGCCCUGGCGGAUAUCCAUACGUUCCAGACAGCCACGGUAAGCCAAACUUAGACGUUAGGGGUCCUCCGUACGAAUCAGAUCUGGCGUACAACCCCACUGGCGGAGGUUACCUCGGAGGCAGACCGUACCACUACGGAGCAGGGUACGACCAUAAAUACGGACCAACUUACGGACCCCCCAGGGGCCCCCCUUACGAAUAUGACGAGGAACGGGGACCGUAUUACCACCCCCAAGCAAACAGUGGAGAGGAAUACCACUAUCAUCAGGGAGUGGACAAUUUCAAGGGGUUGGCCUUGAAGAAACUGCUACUACCCCUUGCCGGGUUGGCGAUCCUGGGGGUGGCUGCGGCGGCCGCCAAGAAUCCCGUUCUUUUACAGUUGGGAACCAUAAACGGGAGGAAGAGGAGAUCGUUGGUUAUAGAUGGGGUGUACCCGUCCAAUCGUUACGUUAAACCGGUUAAUCGUUAUAAAAAGGGGUCGUGUUGCUGAGUUGGGUUUUGGGACUAAGUUAUUGAUUAAUAAAUAGGGUUUUUUAGAA